CCCGCCGUUGGGCGCCGCAUUGGCCGUGGCACUGAUUGCAACUGGCUAUGUAUUUCGGGAAGAAACUCGUAAACGAUUCCCAGCAUUACUCGUCAUUACCACUGAGAAUUGGUAAGGCAUGAAGUAUAUGUUCAUGUGCGAUAGUGCCUACGGAAAUCGCAUCAGGUAAAGCUGCCCGUAAACCAUCCGGUCUCAAUUAUUGUCUGCCCUACAUUUCUCCCGCUGUUGUCCUCAAGAAUAUAAUUUCAUGUAAGAUGUCGAUUGUGCUGGAAUGUCAUACACCACUCCGGCAUUCGGUGAGCUCAUUGUCGAUUGAAGGAUCAAUGUUUGAAAACAUUCCCAAUAGUCCAGAUUCUUGGCGAUUCGACGCUUCGCCCAUACAGCCCCCAGCUAGCAAGUCGCUCCAGACACAGCUCCAGGAUUGUGCUCUUGAUAGUUUGCCCGCUCAAGAUGUGCAAAAUGCCCAUACCGUGAAUUUGCUGACCAAGCAACUACCUAUGCUCCCGAACGGGCUGCCAAGGAUUGCUUCAGACGAGAAAGACAUCGAUAAACAGGAACAAAGUCCGGAGAGUCCACGGCCCCAAAACCCACAAGCAUCCGUACUCGCAAAAGCCAGCAUGUCUCUGCUGCAGCUGACGAGGCUCUCGAGCCCCGCAGGAAAUAGAGCGAUGCUGGCCUCUGCAUUGCUCCGGCUUCCCCCAAAACCGCUAGCAUUUGCGCGUGCACCCCCAACAAACCUCCAGGCGGAAGGGGCAAAAAAGAAGUUGAAGAUCAAUGUCCGGUCUCCAGAUGAGGACGAGAUUCUUGCAAUCAGAAUCCACAAAGAGAAGCUUCGAAGCGUGCGUGAGCUCGCGGAUGUGGUCACAUUCAAGCUCAAUGUCCGCUACUGCUUGCAGCCAGAUGACUUGCAGUGUUUCUUGGUGUUUCCCGAUAGGUCCUUGCCUACCGUGGAGCUUGGCUCCGACAACGUUAGCAAUUUUCUCGAGGACUUCAUCAUGGAGUAUAUUCUGGCGCGUCUGAAGAUAUACAUAGAGGCACGGUUGAAGGCGGACAGGAGACCCCAGGACGAGAAGAAAAUACCAGAGGCUUAGCGGGCUACUGCUCCAGCAAAUAUGCGCUUUCAGCGUUGACAGAUCCGCUGGGCCCUAGUACUCUGUGUAAUUAGCACGUUCUCUAUUGGCUACUUAAUUCCAUUUCCGGCCGGCGUGAGGUUUACUGUUGGAGCUGCCGAGGCCGCUUUGCUUUGGCAGCAUGCGCAGCUUGUCAGUCACAGCCGGAGGCAGCGUUUGUGUGUAUGCAUAUACU